GAGGGGGAAAGCGGGGGGAAAAGAGGGAAAAGAGCCGGGAGCGAAGUGGGCGAGGACGAGGGCGAGGACACGGCGUGGCUCCCGGCCGGCCAACGGAGGCUCGCGGAAGCAGCGCCGCCGCCUGACCGCAGCUGGAUUUUGAAGAUUGAUCCAAGGGACUGUAUUAAUUUCAGGAAUUGAUUUGAAAGACACUGGCUCUGCCACUUAACAGCCAUGUAACCUUGGAUAUGGAAGAAAGCAGCAGUGUCACCAUGUUGGUGUCAGAUAUUGGGGAACAGGAAGCUAUAUUGACUGCUGAAACUGUCAUCAGUCCGUCUUUGGAAAUUGAUGAACAAAGAAGAACUAAAACAGAUCCAUUAAUCCAUGUUAUACAGAAAUUAAGCAAGAUAGUGGAACAUGAAAAGUCACAAAAAUGCCUUUUAAUUGGGAAAAAACGCUCACGUUCAAGUGCUACAGCACGCUGUCUUGAAACCCAGGAACUCUGUGAGAUUCCAGCUAAAGUAACCCAGUCAGCUGCUGCGGCUAUUAGAAGGGCCGAGAUGUCACAAUCAAAUUUUGUCCCUGACUCUCUUGCCCAGAAUGAAGGGAAGGCUAUGUCUUAUCAGUGUAGCCUUUGUAAGUUUCUGUCAUCUUCCUUCUCUGUGUUAAAAGAUCAUAUCAAGCAGCAUGGUCAGCAGAAUGAAGUGAUAUUAAUGUGCUCAGAGUGCCAUAUUACAUCUAAAAGCCAAGAGGAACUUGAAGCUCAUGUGGUAAAUGACCAUGAAAAUGAUGCCAACACUUACACGCCAUCCAAAGCCCAGCAGCGCAUAAGCCCCUCCAACUCCUUAUGUCAGAGAACCAUAGAAAGAAAUAAUGAAACCAUUCCUGACAUCCCAGUAAAUGUGGACAGUCCACAAACUCAUACCGUCAGAACUGUGUCCGGGGCAGACGUGGGUAGGAGGAAAUGGUACGCAUAUGAACAGUAUGGCAUGUAUCGAUGCUUGUUUUGUAGUUAUACCUGUGGCCAGCAGAGAAUGUUGAAAACACAUGCUUGGAAACACGCUGGGGAGGUCGAUUGUUCCUAUCCAAUCUUUGAAAAUGAAAAUGAGCCCCUAGGCUUGCUGGAUUCUUCCGUGGCUGCCACACCUGGUGGUGUCGAAGCUGUGGUCAUUGCUAUUGGAGACAAUGAACUGAGCAUCCACAACGGGCCAUCAGUUCAAGUGCAGAUUUGCAGCUCAGAGCCAUUAUCAUCUUCGUCUCCUUUAGAACAGAGGGCAGAAGGGCGAGUGCACCUAGGUCAUUCAGUUACCCUUGACUCUAAUGAGGAAGACAUGCUAGAAGUGAUUUCUGAUGCAGAGGAGAAUCUGAUUGCUGAUAGCCUACUUUCAUCAGCACAGAAAAUCAUUAGCAGUAGCCCAAAUAAAAAAGGCCACGUUAACGUGAUAGUGGAGCGUUUGCCAAGUGCCGAAGAAACUCUUUCACAGAAACGUUUCCUCAUGAAUGCUGAAAUUGAGGAGGGAAAAGUCCUGACCCCUACAGAAGCCAAGAUUGAAUGUGAAAGAACAGAUGACGUUUAUCAUGCUGAUAAAUGUACUGUUGAUAUUGGGGGUUUAAUCAUAGGUUGGAGCAAUCCCGAGAAGACAGACAGCGAGUUAAUAAACAAAGGUCUGGCUACUGAUGAGAAUGCCCCACCAGGCCGAAGAAGGACAAACUCUGAGUCCCUUAGACUACAUUCAUUAGCUGCAGAAGCCCUAGUCACAAUGCCUAUAAGAGCUGCAGAACUAACACGAGCCAACCUUGGGCACUAUGGGGAAAUAAACCUUUUAGAUCCAGAUACCGGACAAAGGCAAGUAGAUAGUACGUUGGCAGCAUAUUCCAAAAUGAUAUCGCCACUUAAAAACUCUUCAGAUGGAUUAUCUAAUUUUAACCAAAGCAACUCUACCUUGGUAGAGCUCCCAGAGGAUAGGCAAGAAUUGUCAGAUGGGCAAGUUAAGACAGGUAUCAGCAUGUCCUUGCUAACUGUAAUUGAAAAAUUGAGGGAAAGGACAGACCAAAAUGCUUCGGACGAUGACAUUUUGAAAGAGUUGCAAGACAAUGCCCAGUGCCAACCCAGCAGUGAUGCCAGUUUGUCAGGAAGCAGUGUGGUAGAAUACAUCCCUAAUGCCGAUCGACCCUACCGCUGCCGCCUGUGCCACUACACAAGUGGUAACAAGGGCUACAUUAAGCAGCACCUGAGAGUCCAUCGACAGAGACAGCCAUACCAGUGUCCCAUCUGCGAGCACAUUGCUGACAACAGCAAAGAUUUGGAGAGCCACAUGAUCAACCACUGUAAAACAAGAAUAUACCAGUGCAAGCAAUGUGAAGAAUCUUUCCAUUAUAAGAGUCAACUAAGGAAUCAUGAGAGAGAGCAACACAGUCUUGCAGAUACCUUGUCAAUAGCAACUUCUAAUGAGCCAAGGCUUUCCAGUGAUACUUCUGAUGGAAAAUGUGUUCAGGAAGGGAAUAAGUCUUCAGUCCAGAAACAGUACAGAUGUGAUGUGUGUGACUAUACAAGUACAACAUAUGUUGGUGUCAGAAACCACAGAAGAAUCCAUAACUCUGAUAAACCAUACAGGUGCUCUUUGUGUGGAUAUGUAUGCAGCCAUCCUCCUUCUCUGAAAUCUCACAUGUGGAAACAUGCAAGUGACCAAAAUUACAACUACGAACAAGUAAACAAGGCUAUUAACGAUGCAAUUUCACAAAGUGGCAGAGUUCUAGGGAAAUCCCCUGGGAAGACUCUGUUAAACAGUAGUGAAGAGAGAGCUGAUCCUGUCACUGGAAGUUCAGAAAAUUUGAUGUUGUCCUCAGAGCUGAUUUCCCAGGCUCCCAGUGAAGUUGAAGGUCCCAAUGAGAAUGAGAAACUGAGCCCAACAAGUAAUACCUCAUAUAGUUUAGAAAAAAACCCCAGCCAAGUCCCUCCUGGCAUGGAGUAUUGUGUUUUACUCUUCUGUUGUUGUAUUUGUGGUUUUGAAUCAACCAGCAAAGAAAAUCUCUUGGAUCAUAUGAAAGAGCACGAAGGUGAAAUUGUAAACAUCAUCUUAAGUAAGGACCACAACACAACUUUAAACACAAAUUAGAUGGAAUAAUUGCUUGAAGAGGGAGAAGAUAGAGGAAGAUUCCUUAGGCAGCAGUUUCAUCUUUGCACCAAUGUUAAUAACUUUCUAGACAAAGAGGAAAUAGUUGGUGUGGUUUUUGAGGAAAUGACACAUAAGACUUUGGAACCAAAUUUGUAAUGUAAUAAAAGUUAUUCCAAGUAGAUAAUCAGUAAAGAUAUUUAAAUAUUUUGGGCAAGGGUAGGUGGGUUGAGGAGGAAGCAAAGAUGUAAUCCUGUGUUAACCCUCUGCCACUCCUUAUUGUUGAGUGUAUUUAUUAUUGAAAGCUUAUUAUAGUGUAUAUGUGCACGCAAAAGAGUUAAGAAAGGACUUCAGGAACUAUUCUAAAACAUAUUAAAGUGUCACAAUCUUAAGCAGAGCUUAGUUUUCUUCGUUCUUAACUCUGACAUGCCAACUCUAGAAUGACUGGCCUUUUGUGGGAAAUGGGAGGCAGCUCUCUGAGUCAAUAAGGAAGUAGAUACCUAGAGGGCUUUGAAAUGAUCUACCUAAAUCUUGCCUUAAAUUCAUAGGAAUUAAUCAUAUACUCAAUCUAGGAUAUGUUCCUUUACUCCCUAAAUUAAAAAAAAAAAAAAAGAGAGAGAAGAAGAAGGCCUCUUACAUCCAAAUCUAGAUUGUAAAUAGGCAUUUAAGAAGUAAAUUAUUGUCUUAAAGUAACUUGAAUUUCUUGUGGGCAAGAGAGGAAUAGUUGAAUACCAGUUUCAUAACAAGGAUACCUCUGAGCUCAGUAUAUUUCUCAAAGGUUCUUUCCAGAGUGUUUGUCAGAGCACUGCACACUGUCUCAAUAAAUAGACCUUCUAAUCAUCUUUUCUGAACCAGAGUAAGCUUGGAAAAGGUCUGUUAAAGCAACAAAGUGUGAAAAUUUACAUUUGGUCAUCAGACCUUGAAAAUAGUUUGAACUCUAAAAUAAAAAUCAUUUGAGUGAAAUUCAGUAGCCCCUUAAAAUGAUUACUGUUUUUGAGACUUUUCUUCCUGGAAUUUACUAACCUAGGUAAAUUGAACAUAUGAGGUAUAACCAGGUGUGGCUAAAAUACCAUAAAAAUUCAGGUUGUUUAUGAAGAUUUUAGUGACAAACACACAGCAUUUGGAAAGCCUACAGGAUUUCUCCUAUCUAGGAAAUUCCAUUUUGUUAGGGUGAGAUAGGACAUGUGGGAAAACAACUAGAAGAGUUUUUUAUUAAAAGCUGCCAUCACGUAGAUGUAAUCUCUCAUUAAUUACACAUUUAGUAUUAAAUGUACUUCAAAGAGUGAAGAGAACGUAAGGUAGUUCGCUUUCCAUUUUUAUAGUUCUGAUUAUUUAUGCAUUAUUUUGCUACGGUGAGUGCUGCCUACAAGUCCAAAGGCUGGUGCAUCAUUCAGUGGUGAUGCACUGAUUCUCUGAUAAAUUCAGAACAGCAGAAAGAGAAGUUUUUUGAAUGGGCCACUCUGUAGACACAUUGUAAAAAAGAAUCUCUUCCGAAAUUCCAUGUAUGAAUUGAAUGAAUUAAAAAUUUUAAGAUAGCAUUAGCAGCUAUUUAAGUGAGGCCAGGCAUCCUGAAAUGAUCCGACUUUUUUUAAAAUCUUGUUUUGAUGAUGAUAUUUAAACAAACAAAUGAUUGUAACUUUGCAGCUCAUUAAUUUAGGUAGCUUUAAUUUAUUUAUGAAAAUCCAUUUCUGAUAUGUGGUUUUUAAAAAGAUAAAAUGAAUUUAUGUAUAUAAAUUAUAUUCCCCAUAUUCGCUGUGUGUGGAUUUAUAUUCUUUUUCUCCUGUUUUCAAAAUUGAAGCAUUUAUGCUUAAUUUCAAAUUCAAAUAAAAUAUUUUAAUGGUUUCAUUAUUAUCACUUAAAUUGUUGCCUCUCGUAGGUCAGUUUUUCAUUGCUGAUAACUGACUAUUUCUUCAUAAAAACCUGUUAUUCUGGAAAUUAAUAAUCAUACAAGAAUUUUAUUUUGUAAAACUUUCUUUGGCUUUAAUUUUAUGUAAUCAUUUGGAAAAUACUGAUAACCAAAAAAUACCCCAAAAAUUUUCAUGUGAAUUUUUAGUUUUUCAAUGUGAAUUUUUAAAUUACCUUUCUUCAUCUCCAAGCCACUUCUAUUGAUUGUUACUUAAAUUUUCUAUCUGGAAUCAUGGACUUAAGAUUUCCCUAGCUCAUGGGGAAACGUUUAACCCAGAAGUUAAAAGUCUUUAAACUUUCACCUGAUUCUGGCUUAGAAUGUCCUCAAAAGCAUUCUCCGGCCUAUAGGAGGAACCAUGUACCAAGGGUGUGCUACACCUUCCCAUUAUUUUGUGGCAAGCCUUAAGUUACCUGUCUCUACCAAGAACAACUGAAUAUUUCUAAAAGUAGUAAUGAAGAUUAAGUAUCCAAUUCUAAUUGCAGAAGAAAUAAGUACUAAAAUAAUCGGUAGGAAUCCCCUUUGUACUAGGCCUUUUGUCAUACAAAGUUCAUAGAUUUGUGGACUGCUCCGAACUCUCAAAAUUCUGAGAUUUGAUAGUGAAAAUAGUUUUUCAAAGAAACUUAGUUGAUAAGGCAAAAGUUGGAGGUGAGGGAGGAGAUGAUGUAUUCUGAUCAUUAUAAAUAAUAUUUUUCAGGGCGCUAUCAUUUUUUCCCUUUCUUUGAUAAUCUGGAAUAUGAUUAGUGUUCCCAGUGUUCCAACAGUAUCGUACCUAUAUUCCAUUUGAUCUGUAUACUUUAAGUUCUGUGGCCAGCCAGUGCAAUGUAGUAACAUUGAAUGAAGCCUUUGUUCUAGAUCUUUCACCCUAUUUGUCUGUGGCUUCGUUAUUAUUUUCUCUGUCUUUUCCAACAAAGCAAGUGGUGGGCACCCAUGGUUUACAUUGUAUUUGUAUCUUCCCACAGUGUAUUUGGCUUGGCAAAGAUAAGCAGGCUUCUCUAUUGAGACUUACUAUAUGUUUAGUUUUCACAGACACUUACUUAAUUUUUUUUUUUUUUACUGUACAGCAAGGUGCUCUAAGUAAUGUUCUAUAAAAUAUAUUUAAUAGAUAUUUGAGUUUGAUAUUCAUGGACAUGAAUACUUGUAUUUUUUUAAGAAAUAAGUAUUGUGUAACACUAUGGCUUUGCUUCUAUAGCCAAAGUAUAAAAACUUCUGGAACACUGACAUGAAAAGACUACAGUUAAUUCUGACACUGUAUCUUAUUAAAAUAGGAUGAUUUGCAUUUUGUAAAAUUAUCCUGCACAUUGAGCUGCAUGCCUUAAAGCCUAAAACUCUAGGAUUGUGUUCAUGGUAGAACAGUUUAUCUGUUCAAAACAGUGAAGCAAGGUCUACAGCGCUUCUUUAACUACCUUUGGAAAUACUGUACAAUGUUAGAAUAAUUUAUUUUGCUUUACAGGAGUUUGUCAUGUAUUGACUUUAAUAUUGUAUUUUGGUAAUAAAUUUUUUUUGUU